AUGGCUGUUCGUUCUGUGCUUGGAAAGCUGGGUAGGAGUAGAUUUAUUCACAACAAUGAAAGACUUACCAUGGCUGGGAGUUCUCCUACUGUUUGUUCCUCUCCUCAUCAUCCUUUUGAUUAUUAUGGCGUCGUCCAUGAUCAAAACAAAGCGGAUCAAGAAAGAAACCCUUUUCUUCAUAAGCCAGUUUAUUCUCAUUUGGAUUUUGGAGGACUAGAACCUGCUCGUUUCGCCACCGAAGAGUUGAGGAAGAAAAGGAAUAUCCAAUUGCAGUCUGUGAGAGUGCUGAGCGUGGUAGCGAGGAAAGAUUCUGAGUCACCACGAUAUAUCUCUUCCUAUGAUCUAUCGUUGGAGGGAGAUGAUGCCGGUGUUAUGAGAUAUUUCCAAGUAGAAGUUUCAGUUAAUUCCAGCAAUGGCAUGUGGCUUGACAGCAGGUUUUAUUGGAUCACCAACGCAAAUUACGCAAGGAGACCAGAGGGUAACAUGCGUGACUACUUCAAGGGGGAAAACUAG